GUAUAUGGGGGUAUCAAAUGUUAGACAUUAAACAAUCUUAAUUAACGUUCCUUAAUCCUUAAUCAAAUAUGUCUUGUACUAAUAUCCUUUCUGGCUUUUGAUUGCUUAAGAAUUGAUUUUUAAGGUGAUUGAACGUCUUCAUGACUGCGGAAAGUGAUAAAGACUGAAGCUUUACUAAGGUUUCUUUUUAGGGGAAAAUUGAAGUAGAAAGUUUGUAACCAAAGAAAUGGAUUUUGUGCAAUGCCUUUUACCUGACAUGUCUACAAAGAUCCUAACGUGUUUGGACGACCCCUCUGAUCUUAUCCGGGUUUCUGCUGUUUCUAGUUCUUGGCGUGAAUUCGUGAUCGGGAAUGGCUUGUGUAAGCAUCUCUGUUUAAAGAGAUUUCCUGAAAUAUCAAGUGUUGCAAAUAUGAUUGAAGUUGAAAAUAGGGUUGUACCAAUGGUAUCUCAGUCUGAAAAGACCGCGGAGUGGUUAUUUCUGGAGAGGGAUCACAGAGUUUAUGCAUUUUUGACACGAGGCCUUUCCAACUGUGUGAAGGAAGACUGCUUAGUAGAUGCAAUCCAUGCAUCAAGCACUGACAACUAUCCUGAAGAAAGCAUUCUGAAUACAUUAAAACCGGGAGAUCGUGUUGAUUAUAGGGCUUCAUACUGGUCAAGUAGAGGAGAAAGUGAUCCUACAGUUCCUGAGACACUAACAUAUAAAUUAAUCUCAAAGCUGUGCCUGAUAUCAGAAAUUCAUGUACAACCAUUUCAAGCAUAUUUCCAGUUUGGCAUUCCCAUUUAUUCCUCAAAAGCUAUGAAAUUCCGAGUGGGACAUCCUAAUGUUAAAAUAGAUGUAGAAAGUGACAAUGGACAUGAAUCUGCUGCUGCUCAAGGAUCUUAUUGUGACAAGUUCGUAUGGACAUAUACCUCACCAGAAUUUCCCAUUGCUCAGGAGAACAUCUUGCAGAAGUUUAAGCUACCAGAACCUGUUCUUUGUGUUGGUGGAAUCCUACAAGUCGAGCUUUUAGGCAGAGUUCAAAGACAACAAUUGGAUGGUCUAUAUUAUAUAUGUGUGUCGCACGUUCAAGUUGUUGGAAGACCACUCUUGCCUACAUUUGAUGUUGAGAUACUUGAUGAAGCUGGGAAGUGCAAUCUGAAGUAUUGCCCAGUAGAAAGGUCGUUGUGCCAGUCAAGUAAGAAAUCUUCUGAAGGAGGAGAGUCAGGCAGUCCUCGGUUUCAUAGGUUCAGGGCAAGCUUAAGGGGAUGGGAGCAAAUGAUCCUGAAUACACUACUUGGCGCCAGAGCUGACCUGGUUGAUGAUGAUUCAGAUGAGGAUGACGUCUAGUUUUGGUCCCUUUCGAGGCCCUAGCAGUUGUUUCUGUGAGUGACCCUACUUGUAUCUGCUACUCACCAUCUAUGAGGCAAGUUAAAUACAAAUGUCACUAGACUUGCUUCUGGGCAUCACUGCUGUAGUUUCAUCUAUAAACAGAUGCCAUGUCCCUGUAUGGAGGAACAUAACAUAAACAUGUUCCAUUCUGCCAUUUCAAAUGCUAAACUACUGCCAUCUUUUUUACUAGUUAAAAGUUGUAUUA